AUGGCCAACAACAUCUUGGCCGAGGAAGCUCGUGAGCGUGAAACCUAUCGGUACGACUCAUCCUUAAUCAAUCAAGUCUUCCCCAACCCCGACGAUGCGCCCAUCUAUCCGUCAGAACUUACUCCCGACCCCGCCCUGACAGCCUUUGCUGAGCUGGGUGUGCACCGGCUCAAUGCUGCUCGAGCCUUUAUCUCGCUUUUCGACAGAAAGUACCAAUACAUUGUUGCUGAAGCCACGCCUACGACACCCCUUUCGCCCGGCAGUAGCGCUGCGCAGCAGCCCAGUGGACGAGAUGGUCUCGAGACGCAACUCUUGCUUUGGGGCACCUCGCUACCUCGAGGAAGUAGUGUCUGCGACAGUGUUCUUACAGCAACAGGGUCGCAAGAUACUACCGAGCGGCUGGGAUGCGGCCAGGAUGCUGUACAAGAGCUACCCGUAACUGUUGUAGGCGACCUGAUGAACCACCCGCUGACAGUUGGAAAAACGAUGCACGGAUCUUGGCCAGGGUACAGGUUCUAUGCCGCGGUACCGCUACGAACACCCAAGGGGAUAGAUAUUGGUAUCUUUAGCGUGUUGGACAUGGAAAGUAGGGAGGGGAACGAUCCCAACGUCGUGCCAAUUAUGCAAGACCUUGCAAGAACGAUCAUGGGUUAUCUGGAGACAAGGAGGUUUAGAGAUGGCCAAAGGCGAGCAGACAGAAUGGUGAAGGGCGUUGGGAGUUUCGUCCAGGGCAAAUCAACCACCUGGGGGUGGGAGGCGGCGCCUUGUGGUGAUGAUAUGGACGAACGCAGGCUGAGCCAGACUCAGGGCAAUGGCAACAGUGGUGAUGACUGGAGUGGUAGGUUCUGGCAUCCUAUUGAUGAUGCAUCACAUGGGCUAAGUCAGAAUACAGACACAGCACCUCAAACCUCGGCAGCAAGGGACAGACCGAAUCUCGUCAAUGAUGCUUCUAUCAAAUCCGCAAAGCACAUUUUCUCCAAAGCGGCGAAAAUCAUUCGCGAAUCGAUCGAAGCUGAUGGCGUACUAUUUUUGGAUGCGGGCAUUUCAUCCUUUGGCGGACGUGCUACUGUUGGAGGCAUCCCAGGGACUCACGAGUGCGAGCGACGAUCAUCUGCCACUAGCAUGCACUAUUCAGCUGGUAAUCCGAAUAAAUGCCCAUGCUGCAAGGUCCUGGGAUUCUCCACUUCUUCAUAUUCGAGUAUCGACGGACAUGAUCAGGAGCAAUGUUACAAGCAGCUCCCUGAGCACGCGUUGGGCGAAUAUCUAAAAAACUACCCCAGAGGCACUAUCAUCGCUUUGACUGAGCCGGACAGCCCGAACCAGCCAGAUACUGAACCAGAAUACAAACCCCCGCUGCCUAUCCUAGACUUGGUCCGAGAUAGUUUUGGCCCUCAUCUUGGCCCUCAUCUAGGCUCUCAGGCGGCCAGACCAUCGGAACUCGCAGUACAUGAGUAUGGCAUGGAAGACUUUGUGAGGGACUUGCUGCCUGGGGCUCGCAAUGUGGCCUUUUUCCCUCUCUGGGAUCCCCAAAAGCGACGCUGGUAUGCUGGUGGCUUUGCCUAUACAAAGAAAGCAUCACGCGUUUUGUCGGUGGAAGGUGAACUGAGCUAUCUCUUAGCGUUUGGUACUGUCAUCAUGGCAGAGGUGUUUCGCAUAGACUCGAAGGUGGUGGAGCGGUCCAAGAUGGACGUGUUGAGCUCCAUCUCACAUGAACUACGUUCGCCUCUGCAUGGAAUCAUCCUGGGCGCAGAAUUGCUGCAUGACACUGCCUUGGAUGCUUUCCAGGGUGACCUGCUGCACUCGAUGGAAACAUGCAGCCGUACUCUGCUUGACACUGUCGACCAUUUGUUGGACUGGAGCGGAGUCAAUAAUUUUCUCUCCCCAGCGCCUGUGCCACAGGACAAUGGCGACGUAGAGGAGCGAGGAUUGCGAUCUGGAAAAAUGGCAACCAUCGAGUCCGGUAUGAUGAGCAUCGUUUCACGCGUCAGCGUAGACUUGAUUGUAGAGGAGGUUGUAGAAAGCGUCUAUGCUGGACGAAUUUUCCAACUUCGAACUCUUGGUCCAAACGGAGGUCAGCAUGGGAACACAGCUCCUACUGAGGCAAUGCAGCCAAACGAGCUGGUUGACUGUAUGGCAUCUCAAAAGGAAUCAGAUAUCGCGACGAUAUGUGUUGAUAUUCAACCAAACGCCUCCUGGCAGUUCUACUCCCAACCAGGCGCACUUCGCCGGGUUGUCAUGAAUCUGGUUGGCAACUCUCUCAAGUUCACAACAAAGGGGUUCGUCAAAGUCUCCUUGGAUCAGCCGCAGGUAGCACCGGGUGACGGGGAGAAAGCUAGCACAUAUGUUCGGCUUACAGUGACUGAUUCGGGGUGCGGCAUUGGCAAGUCAUAUCUGGAGAACGACGUAUUUACUCCGUUUAUCCAAGAGGACGGCCUCAAACCAGGGAUGGGCCUAGGUCUCAGCUUUGUCGAGAGAAUUGUCACGGCACUCAAGGGAUCCAUCUCAAUACAAAGCGUUGUUGACAAAGGCACAAGCGUGUCGGUCACAUUGCCGUUACCCGCUGUUGCGCCAGACAGUGCAACCCCGAGGCUCUUGAGUCCAGGGAACGAAUUCGAGGCCCAAAGAAACGACCUCCGUGGCUUGAGAGUUCUCCUCCUGGGCUUUCGAGACACACCAUCUGUUGAUAGCGAGGAUGGUGUGUUUGGGACGAAUGUGGUGGAACAGGACGGAAUCGCGAACAUCUGUCGAGACUGGCUCCAAAUGCAAGUGGUAGACCCAUCUGAAAGCAACACACUCGUGCCAGAUUUGCUAUUGUGCGAUGAGACAUAUUUGCACUUGAAUUCGCAUAUUCACACACAGCGAAAUGCGUCGUCACCUCCAGCUGUGGUGAUUUGCAGAAAUGCAGUGGCCGCCCGGGACUUGGCAGAGAACAGCAUAUUUAAGCGCAGACCCAACGACCAACUGUGGGAAUUCAGCGCCCAACCGGUUGGACCCAGAAAGCUUGCAAAAGUCCUUGCGUUGACGUUCAAGCGAUGGACAACAUACCAAGCAACUCUCAAUCCCAUCGCCCCAUCAGCAGCCCAAACACCUGAGAACGAAGAUGGUCCGCAAGCACCGACAACUUCCAUCGGUACACCAGAUACUGCCGGCAUGCCUGUUCUUGAUGGAACGCCCGAAUCCAUCGUCUCAAGCUCUUUCCAAGAAAUCUCCCUCCCGGAGCGAGUUCGUCGCUCCACACCACUCACGACCACAACAAAUGGCAAUGACUCCGCGUCAGAUAUUGACUCGGAACAACCAGGCACGAGCUUCCUGCUCGUCGACGAUAACCCCAUCAACCUCAAAAUCCUCACAACAUACAUGAAGAAGCUUCGCCUCCCUUACCGCACAGCUACAAAUGGUCAACAAGCCGUCGACCAGUUCCGCGAAGGCAGAGGCCUCUACAAGUGCGUCUUCAUGGAUAUUUCCAUGCCGGUAAUGGACGGAUUCGAAGCAACACGGCACAUUCGCAGCACCGAGGCUGAAUUGAGUCUGCACCGGUGUACGAUAUUCGCGCUCACGGGGCUGGCCAGCGCGGAUGCACAGCAGGAGGCGUUUACAAGCGGGAUUGACUUAUUUUUGACGAAGCCAGUGAAAUUGGCGGAGUUGAAUCAGAUUCUGUCGGCUAGGAAUUUGACGCAAUAA